AUGACCCCCCGAGAUGACUCUCCACCAGCUUCGGCCAGAAGCGGAACGUCUCAGCCGCCAAAAGCAAAUGCGUCGGAGCCCGCGCCAAAGAGACGCCGAGUCGCGCUGGCUUGUUCGGCCUGCAGAAUCCGCAAAUCACGGUGCAAUGGAGUGCGACCAAGAUGUGACACGUGCGACAAGCUGGGAUUCGAUUGUUCAUAUGAACAGCAGGAAACUUCAGCGAAUCUUCUAGUCCCAAAAGACAUCUUUGCUGCCCUAGAGGCCAAAGUGAAGCUGUUGGAAACGAAUCUUGAACAGCAUAAUGUUAGACUGAAUUUGGUUGAGGGUACACUAAAAACGUCAGGAAGUUCUAGGCAAGAUGUCACGCUUCCACUGCAUCACCAACCUGGAAAUGUGGUGCUCAACAUCGAUGAGAUACCAGAAAAUGGUGCUGGUCAGAGUAUGACUGAUGGCAUGGCUGUCUCUUUCGUAGAUGAGCAAGACUGCGGUUUCUUUGGCCCAUCAUCCAACAUCGCACUUAUGCGACACAUAUUGCGAGCUGUUGAUACAAAAAGGACACAACAUGGCAACCAGACUUCAUUAACACCAGCAUCAGAGUACAGUGCCUACGAAGGUGGCCUAGUGAGUAACCUGAACGCGUUUCCAGCACCCUCAAGUGAGUCUCAAAAGGUAGGCGCCAACCUCCUACCGCCAGACGAGGUCAUGCAGCGUCUCAUCCGUGCGUACUUUGACAACACGGGUCUCUUGUUUCCGUAUAUACACGAGCAAGAGUUUCUCGACACUUAUGAACGAUUUCGAGCAAGUGGCUUUCGGGGUAAUGUUCGCCGGACUUGGCUCGGCCUGCUGAACAUGAUUCUCGCAAUGGCAACUUGCACUUCGUGCUGGGAGGACUCGGGAAGUGAGACAACUUUUGAGGAGUCGGAUGUGUACUAUCGUAGGGCCCAGGAGCUUUGCCAUACACAGAUGUUUAGGGGGACUACCCUCGAAACAGUACAAUACCUCCUACUGACGAGUCAGUAUCUCCAGGGGACGCACAAGUCGGUUCAUACAUGGACUAUUCACGGCCUCGCUGUCAAAGCUGCCAUGUCUAUCGGACUCCACUCAAGAGAUAUAGCGUCCAAAUUCACUCCUCUCCAGCAAGAGAUAAGGAAACGCACUUGGUUCGGAUGCAUUUUGCUCGAUAGAAGUCUGAGCCUCACGUUUGGUCGCCCAUCUGCUAUACCAGAAGAGUACAUCCGUUUGGACCUCCCAAAAAUAUUACCAGUACCGAUAUCGGCUUCCGAUGAAGUCCAUAAAAUGAGCACUGCAUUCUACAACGCCUCGAUAACUCUUUACAGGAUCAUGGGGCGAAUUAUUGGCUCACUUUAUGGUAGCAACCUUGGAUGUGAAGACCAAUCAUCAGAUACAGCUACAAUGACAUCCAUGAUUCAGUUCGGCCAGGAGCUUUCAGACUGGCAAAACAGCUUGCCUCAGCAUCUGGGCUUGCGUUCUGUGGAUAACAUGCCAGAUAAUGCAGAUGAGAAUAUCCAGGAUCCAUUGCGUGAAAAGUUCAGAAUCAUUCUCACGCUCAGAUAUCUCAACGUUCAACUCCUCCUCCAUCGCCCGAUAUUCAUUCGGUCUCUAGGUACUCUGCUCCGAGAGGCCAAAACGCCAUAUCGCAACGCGGGAUCCAUCAACAGCAUGCACGCCAACUUUGACAGAGUCUUUGUCCAAGUUGCGGAAAACAUCAUAGAUAUUAUAUACACCAUUUUGACAAGACCCGAUCACGGGCGCCAUUUCAUCGGCGCUUGGUGGUUUACUCUCUACUAUGCCUUUAGUGCAGCGUUGGCCAUCUUCGGCAGCUUGUUGAUAUCUCUCGGCGCUGAAGCUGGAAACGCUGGCCGCCUUGAAAGUGCAAAACGAUAUCUCGGCAAGACUUGCGAGGCUCUUCUGAAGCUCAGCGAUAACAACACCCUUGUCCUACGUUGUGUCAAAUUUGUACAACAACUUCUCCGGAUCGUGAGCGCCUGGGACGCGAGCACUGCGACCCGAGCCGAUCUUAACAGUGACUCUUUGGGAUCAUACUUGACGGCAGAAGGGGGCCCUCUUAAUUUCGACAUGGAGUCGGAUUUGUUAUCAACAAUGCCGACGUGGGAGACAUCAACGCUUGGGUUUGGGGAUGAGCUUGAGUUGGGUCAUUUCUUUGCUAGUGAUUCUCAGCGGUGGUUUGAGCAGACACAAUGGUAA